AUGCAGAUGCCGAUUGUCGCACAACUGGCAGACAUUGCCAUUGCGGCUCGUCAGCUUCUGACCGAUCUCAGGCCACACUUACAAGCUCGACCACCUGUCGUUCUCAUGGUUCCAACGCGGCCGCACUUUGGCCGGUAUUGGACAUGGCCAGCUGAUGGUCGGACCAGCUUGCGCGAUGCCGCCUUCACAUUGCGUACUGGGGCUAAGAUGCCGGCGAUUGGCUUUGGUACCUGGCGCCUGUGGGCGAAGGAUGCGUACCAGCCCGUCCGCUGGGCACUGGAGGUAGGCUACCGGCACAUCGACACGGCUGAAGGCUAUGCCAACGAGGCAGAGAUUGGCCGUGCAAUUCUGGACAGCGGUGUCCCCCGGGGCGAGAUUUUUCUGGCAACAAAGGCCUCAUCAGUGCCAAAAGGACUUGCUGACAUUUCCUAUGCAUCUGAUAUUUUUACAUUCCAGCUUGCGCAGCUAGGGACGGAUUAUGUAGACCUGUACAUGAUGCACACACCGCCAUCCGAUCCGCAACUGCUGCAACAAGUAUGGAGAAUUAUGGAGUCUUUCUACGAGCAGGGCCGGGCAAGAGCACUUGGCGUGUCCAACUGUGACGUGCGAGACCUGCAGCAGAUUCUUGAGUUCGCAACCGUUCCUCCUGCUUAUGUGCAAAACCUGUUCAAGAUCUAUAAGCCCGGUGAGCAGAUUCCAGUCGAGGAUGUUGUUGCCUUUGCCCACAGAAAUCAUUUAGUCGUUGUGGGAUACUCAGUUCAAACAGAAUGGCCACACAUCAUGGUGCCAUUGCAAGAUCCACACCUUCUGACGAUUGCCAGCCACGUGGGUAGAACACCUUCCCAAGUCUUGCACCGUUGGACUCUUCAGCGUGGUGUCGGUGUCAUCCCAAAAUCGGCGAAGCGUGAGCGAAUUUUGGAAAACUCGCGACUUCUGGACUUCGAGCUGACAGACGAGAUGAUGCGACUUCUGGAUGGCUUAGCUACACUUUCCGAAUCCGGUGCGAGUGAAAUCAAGCCACUGCAGGAGGACGUUUUUGGUCUUGCCAGGGUCUCUGCUGAGUCUGCACCGCAAGUCAAGCCGAAUUCGCUCGGGCUAGAGGACCCUCGUGAUAAGGGCUUCCCAUAUGCGGCAAUCAGGGACCACUUGCUUGGUGAUCCCCUGGCAUUGGAUCCGGACAUGUGCCGGCAGACCUGUCUCAACGAGCCACGGUGUGCAGCUUGGGAAGUCUGUGCCCCUAUCAGCCCCGAGGCCGGCUGCGGUGGCUGCUAUCUGAUCGGCCACAUAUCCACGCCACCGAUGAGAAUUCCCGGUUGGCAUGCUGCCGUUGAGCGAAGCCCCGCGUAG